CACUCUGCUACAGUCUACAGUCUCUAGUCUAGUCCCUGCUGCUGCUACCACAUUUGCUCUCCCAGCUCCUUCUCCCUCCUCAAGUAUAGCAAUCAAACCACCAGCGGCCAGCUCCACUCCCCUCCCCUACUCCUCCCCCCUCCAGCUCCUCCAGUUCAUGUCCUGCUGCUUCCCAUGUCGCCGCCUCUCGAGCUCGACUACAUAGGCCUCUCGGCCGCCGCCGGCGGCCGCGCGGACGACGACCUCAAGGGCACCGAGCUCCGUCUCGGACUUCCCGGCUGCGAGUCGCCCGACCGCCGUCCAGCCGCCGCCGCCACCACCCUGGAGCUGCUGCCCUCCAAGGGCGCCAAGCGAGGGUUCUCCGACGAGGCCGUGCCGCCUGCGCCGGCUGCCGCCGGCGGGAAGGGCAAGGAGAAGUCCGGGGAUGAGAAGGACAAGAAGGUCGCCGCACCGCCGCAGCCUGCUGCCAAGGCUCAGGUGGUGGGAUGGCCACCAAUCCGCAGCUACCGCAAGAACACCAUGGCAACCACUACCAACCAGCUGAAGAGCAGCAAGGAAGAUUCUGACGCCAAGCAGGGGCAAGAGUUUCUGUAUGUCAAGGUCAGCAUGGAUGGUGCGCCUUACCUGAGGAAGGUUGACCUCAAGACAUACAAGAACUACAAGGAACUUUCUGUGGGGCUUGAGAAAAUGUUCAUUGGCUUCAGUACCGGGAAGGAUGGUGUAUCUGAGAACAAAAAGGAUGGUGAAUAUGUUCUGACUUACGAAGACAAGGAUGGAGACUGGAUGCUGGUUGGUGACGUCCCGUGGGAGAUGUUCACCGAGUCCUGCCGAAGGCUCAGGGUCAUGAAAGGUUCAGAUGCAGUCGGACUUGCGGCUCCAAGGGCAGCUGAUAAGUCCAAGAUUAAGAACUGAAAUGGUUGCUGCUGCCCACAGUCAUAGGCAAAACUGAAGAUCAAGUCACUGACUGUAGGGCAGGUUAUCGGAGCCAGGCCGUCUAACAGCAUCAAGACGAGACCGCACAUAUCGUUAGUACUACAUGGUUUUGUAUCCGCGAGUAAAACCUGCCAAUACUGUUUUGUCAUUAGAUUCGUGAUGUCUCCUAGAGACUUGUUGUGUUGUAUUUUGUCGUGCUCACGUGGUUGGUUGCAUGCGUGUUAUUUCCAUCCGUGUAAAUGGUUAGUAAAGCAGUGCUCUACUGCUGUGCUUGAGGACCUCUACCUAUUAUACCAGUGUGUUGUCAUGAACCGGUCGUUUUUCUCGCCGUAAAUGUUUAAUGAAGGUUGCAAGCUUAUUAUCUACUA